UCGUCCGCCAGAUGUCGCGGCGUCUCUGCGUGGGAAGAGGAGAGGAGGGGCCUGGCCUGGGAAUCCGCUGCUUCCCAUUCCAGGCGCAGGGGCACAAUAUGGCGGAUUAGGAGGCGAGCUACGCGCCCGGAUACAACGAACAAAUCGUGGGAUACCGAUUCCCCGUGUCGCGGAGAAGGCAGGAUUAUAGGCAUUUUGGAAAGCUCACGCACAACUUUUAAGACUUCCCGAGACAUGCAUUUCAGAUACCAGUGAGCGCCUUCGUUGCUUUGCCCCACUCCAAAUUGGCUGUCUGUCCGAGAUCAUUCCUAUCACCCAGGCCCCCCACCCCGAACACACUCUUGGUUCCUGGGGUGUGGAGACAGGGGCCGGGGAAGAGGAAAACAAUCGCACUUUAUCUGGAACACCAGGCUCCGUGGCGCGGGACAGGGCUGUCAAGGAGAUCAUUGUGCGAAUGAGUGAGUGAUGCAGGUUUCGUUUCUACAGGGCAGUAUGGGUGUGUAUCCUCUGCUCCUGCUACUCCAUGUGGCCUAUGUGGCCCUCAGCACGGCCCAGAUACUCCCUGACCCUUCAGGUGCAGUCGGGACCGCCAAACCUACACAACCUCCUCCCACAUCUAUCUCUAUAGUCACCCAGGCACCCCCAUCAUCCACCCCAUCUUCAGCACCGUCCCCUGAACUUGUUGCAACAACAGGACUCAAUGACUCCGCAGGCGUGGUGACCCCAGAGGUUCCUGCCCCUCCAGCUGUCUCUACCAAGGCACCAGCCACCCCCUCAACCCCAUCUGCUGCACCCCCGUCCCUCACCACCACUGGAGUUUUGGCUACAACAGAGCCCCCUACACCUGGACUGACACCCACUCAAUCCACGUCAGAGCCUGAGACGGGCACCCCGUCUGCCCCUGCAGAGACCACCACAGCUGACAUCACCAAGCCUCCAGAUGAUGGUGGGCAAGAUGACACGGCUAUAAUGGCAGUGAUGGUCGCCCUGUCCUCUCUGCUGGUCAUCGUCUUCAUCAUCAUCGUCCUGUAUAUGCUCAGGUUUAAGAAGUACAAGCAGGCAGGGAGCCACUCCAAUUCCUUCCGCCUCACCAACGGCAGAGCUGACGACACAGAACUUCAGAGUGUGCCGCUAUUGGCCCGCUCUCCUAGUACCAACAGGAAGUACCCGCCCCUUCAUGUCGACAAGCUGGAGGAGGAAAUGAACCGGCGAAUGGCCGAUGACAAUAAACUCUUCCGUGAAGAAUUCAACUCGUUGCCUGUAUGUCCCAUUCAGGCCUCAUGUGACGCUGCCUCGAAGGAGGAGAAUAAAGAGAAGAACAGAUAUGUCAACAUCCUGCCCUAUGAUCAUUCUAGGGUGCAUUUGACUUCUCUGGAGGGAGUUCCUGACUCUGACUACAUCAACGCUUCCUACAUAAACGGAUACCAGGAGAAAAACAAAUUUAUUGCGGCACAAGGACCAAAAGAGGAAACGGUCAAUGACUUCUGGAGGAUGAUCUGGGAACAGAACACUGCCACCAUCGUAAUGGUAACCAAUCUGAAAGAAAGGAAAGAGUGUAAAUGCGCUCAGUACUGGCCUGACCAGGGAUGCUGGACCUACGGAAAUAUCCGCGUGUCGGUGGAGGACAUGAUGGUUCUGGUUGACUAUACCAUCCGCAAGUUCUGCAUUCAGCAGGUGGGUGAUGUGUCUGGUAAGAAGCCUCAGAGGCUGGUCACACAGUUUCACUUCACCAGCUGGCCUGAUUUCGGGGUUCCCUUCACUCCCAUUGGCAUGCUGAAGUUCCUUAAGAAGGUCAAGAACUGCAACCCACAGUAUGCUGGACCCAUAGUGGUUCACUGCAGUGCUGGUGUUGGCAGGACCGGGACCUUCAUUGUGAUAGAUGCUAUGCUGGACAUGAUGGGGGCAGAGAGAAAGGUUGACGUCUUCGGAUUUGUCACACGGAUCAGAGCCCAGCGCUGUCAGAUGGUCCAGACUGAUAUGCAGUAUGUGUUUAUUUUCCAAGCUUUGCUAGAGCACUACCUGUACGGAGACACAGAGUUAGAAGUGACGUCUCUGGAGUCGCACCUGAAUAAGCUGUACGCUCCCUUACCUGGAGCCGGCUGUGGAGGAAUGGAGGCAGAGUUCAAGAAACUUACCUCCAUUAAAAUCCAGAACGACAAGAUGAGAACGGGGAACUUGCCUGCCAACAUGAAGAAAAACCGUGUUUUGCAAAUCAUUCCAUAUGAGUUUAACAGAGUGAUCAUCCCUGUAAAACGAGGGGAGGAGAACACAGACUACAUCAACGCCUCUUUUAUAGAUGGUUAUAGGCAAAAGGACUCGUACAUGGCAUGUCAGGGGCCGCUGCAGCACACUAUUGAAGACUUCUGGAGGAUGAUCUGGGAGUGGAGAAGCUGCUCUAUCGUUAUGCUGACCGAGCUGGAGGAGAGAGGACAGGAGAAGUGCGCUCAAUAUUGGGCUAGUGACGGUGUGAUGGUUUGUGGAGACAUGUCCAUCGAGUUGAAGAGGGAGGAGGAAAGUGAAAGCUACACUGUCAGGGACCUUCUCGUUACCAAUAACAGAGUAAGUCCAUUCAUAGGAUCUCCUGAAACGCUGCAUUGUUAUUUUAAUGUUUGCCAUUGCUGCAAUUGCCAUUUUUCUUUUUCUUUCUCUGUGCAGGAAAAUAAGGCUCGCGCUGUGAGGCAGUUUCAUUUCCAUGGCUGGCCAGAGGUGGGCAUCCCGUCUGAUGGGAAGGGUAUGAUCAACAUCAUCGCUGCAGUUCAGAAACAGCAGCAGCAGUCUGGAAACCACCCAAUCACUGUGCACUGCAGUGCCGGAGCGGGGCGCACAGGGACGUUCUGUGCUCUGAGCACGGUCCUGGAGCGGGUGAAGGCAGAGGGCAUUCUGGACGUUUUUCAGACGGUGAAGAGCCUAAGACUACAGAGACCGCACAUGGUGCAGACACUGGAGCAGUACGAGUUCUGCUACAAAGUGGUCCAGGAAUACAUUGAUGCCUUCUCUGACUACGCCAACUUCAAGUAAAGCCACACCCACCCGCAGAAGAUCGGACAGACUUUCCCAGACACGCACCCACACUUUCACAAAAACACCGCUGAACGAGACGGACUGCCAGCACAAAGCAAAAGGGAAUAAAAAACUUUUGGCCGCUAGGAGCGAGAACACGUCGGUGCUGAAGAUGGAAAGAAAACAAACAAAGAAAACACCAUUAGAGAUGCCUUCUUGAAUAUUUUGUAAUAUUGCUCUUGUUUAUAAGGCCCUUACCCAUUUCUCUCAGUGUAAAUAUGCUCUUGUAUUUUUGUUUUGUUUUGUUUAAUUUGUUUGGUUUUAGAAGCCAUUCUGUUACGGUUUUUAGAGUGACCUUAAUAUAGUUAACUGGUAUAUAAAUGCAAACGUGAAUGGCGCUAUAGAGACAGAGCAGUAGCAAGAAAAGGGUGCUUUUUACUGGGUGUUUUAACAACAACUUCCUUUUUUCUCUGCAGUUGAGUGACUGAAACCUAUUUGAAUGGCAGCUCAAUCCCACUAUGCUGUUGCCUGUAGCUACAUAACGCGGCAAAAUCAACCAACCGUGGUGCAUCAGCGACUGUAAACGCGCGUUCGCAGAAAACACUUCACUGUGCUUUUUGAUUGUGUUUACUGGAGUGACAGAUAUAAUUUUUUAAUCCAUUUUUUAAACAGGGACCGGUUUUUGGGCCGUGACUAAGGUCUCGCUUAGAUCUGAAGAUGUUAAGUGUGUCUUUGUGUUGUCCGUUGUAUUACAGUGUGCCGACUUUGUCCGAACUAGACAAUGGUAGGACAAACAGGAGAGUGUUAAGACCAGAGAAAUUCCACUUAAUUCCACUUAAGUUUCAUUCCAUGCCCAAACAUCUUUUCUUUUCAAGAUCGCUCUAAAAGCACCUUCUGUAGUUGUGAUUAUAAUCAAAGAAUUUAUGUAUUUACUCGCUCAGAUGUCUAAUAAUUGGCCUUAACAACUGUGCUUAUCUUCAUUUGAUGAUCCCACCGGUUUCUCUAGUUGCAAGGUACUGGUGCAAAGUUGAUCUAGAAAGUUCUACUAGAAAUUACAUAUGAUCCCCUGAUCAUCUGUUCCUGCCCCUGUAAAGGACUUCAUGGUGCCGAAGACAACGAGCCCUUUCCAGCUCCACUGAGCCAGUUUAUAUGACGCUUCAGUCCUAGCAUAAAGACCAGGUAGAUGGUUAAAAUGAGGACAUGUAUUAUCAUUUUAGCUCGUGAUUAUCAGCAAAUUAUUUUAGGAAAUCUAUUUAAACCCAAUAGUUGUCGUUCAGAAUCACUCACCCCUGUCAUUCAGAUAACCGGGUUCUUGAAACUGUUAUUAUUUCAGAUCCAUGAUAUUCCGAAUGAUGAAUUGCGGAUUUCUAUUACAGCUUGCUGUGGGCUUCAUCUUAAGGUAUUCCAUAAAACGCUGACGGAUUUGCUUGAGUAUUGUGUAAGUCGACUAACUCUAUCCACAUGAGACACCGUGCCAAUAGCAGCCUCUCGGGGGCAGGAUCCUUUUUCAGAGGUGGGAAAGUGCCUCAUCGCGUUCCUGUAGCUUCAAGCAUAUUCCCACCCGCUCUUUUGUAGCCCAUGUUCUCCCGAUCCACUGGGACACUGUGGCCUGUACGGCGUAUGAUAAUCUGUAAUGGAACCCAAACGGUUGCUUUUCUGCAUUUUUGGUGUGUUUUCAAACUGUUUUUUUCCUUUUUGCUUACAUGCCAUAUAAAACCAUCCUGAAGGAAGCACCAGACUUCAGGACAAGUCCCUCAAAACCCAAGCUCUUAAUGUACGCAGAGCAAUCAAGAAGGGAAGCCACGUAUCUGGGGGCUCACUUCAUUCUUCAGUUGAAUGUGACAUUGAAACGGCUUGCUUGGAUAAGCGAAAGGACAAAGACUGAAAAAUAAAAGAUUCUGCUAUCCAGAAAGAAAACAUGAAAUUUUGGAUCUGAAACCUCUCUCUUUGAUUGGAUUGUUCCUAAAUUUCAAACUACAGCCUGUUUUAUGUUUCAGAAAUCCUAAUAAUGUUACCCUUUCUGAUUUUUCUUCUUGUACAUAAUGUAAGGAUAUUUAUAUUUCAUUCUUAUCUGUUGCUUUGCUUUUAUUUUAUUUGUAUCUUUAUCUUUUUUUUAAGAUACUUGUAUAUUAAACUGUACUGGGACCAUUUUGAAAUGUAUUAGUUUUUUUUUCUUCAGUUUUUAAUUCGGUAUUAUUGUCUUAAAAUCUAAUUUUUUAAUUUGCAUCUGUUUAUUUUUAGUGUUUUGUUAUACAAAUUUGAAUAUAUAUGUAUAUAUAAUUAUAUAUAUGAUGCAAAUUAUAUAUAAUUAUAUAAUGCCAAACGGCCAAACCUAAUAAAAGUGCUUGAGAUUUUA